GUCUCCUCUUAACGUUAGAAGGAGAAAAAAAAAAAAUUGUUGUUUAACUCGGCGGCGUAUCCUUUACAACAAAUCUCUUUCUCUCUGCAUAGUUGAAACCCCCCCUCGUAUCUCUCUUCAUCGCUUGUAGUUGAAACCCUUCUCUCUUUUCUGAUAUAUUUUCUAGGGUUUAUUUGGCGGUGCGUCGCUUCUCGGUUUCUUCUCCGGAUUUUUUUUUAAAUAUCGAGAUUGAAUGAGCUAAUGGAAACCAAAGGCGGUAAAAAGAAGUCUAGUAGUAGUAGUAGUAGUAAAUCCUUGUUUUACGAAGCUCCCCUCGGUUACAGCAUUGAAGACGUUAGGCCUCACGGUGGAAUCAAGAAAUUCAGAUCAGCUGCAUACUCUAACUGCGUCCGAAAGCCUUCCUGAGAUUCCUUAAGUUCAGUCAUAACCCCAUUGAGCUUUUUCAUUCUGCAAUUUUAAUUUUGUUUUUCUCAUCAAUUCUGCAAAUUACUUGGCCUAUUUCUUUUCUGCUUCCCUCGUUCACUCGUUCUCGCUCUCGCUCUCUUUGCAAUCGUUGUUUGUUUGCUGCUCUCUGUAAGGCAAGAUGGAAUUGCCAGUCUCUGCAAUUGGAUUUGAAGGUUUUGAAAAGAGGCUUGAGAUUUCUUUUUUCGAGCCUGGUGUCUUUGCUGAUCCUGAAGGUGCCGGUUUCCGCUCAUUCUCCAAAGAUCAAUUGGAUGAGAUACUGAAACCAGCGGCAUGCACUAUUGUUUCCUCAUUGUCUAAUGAGUAUCUUGAUUCAUAUGUGCUCUCGGAAUCUAGCCUCUUUGUGUACCCCUACAAAGUUAUCAUCAAAACUUGUGGUACAACAAAGUUGCUUCUGUCAAUCCCUGCCAUACUUAAGUUGGCUGAUUUACUCUCCCUCAAGAUUCAGUCUGUGAGGUACACUCGUGGAAGCUUCAUAUUUCCUGGAGCCCAGCCAUUUCCACAUCGUAGCUUCUCUGAAGAAGUAGCUGUCUUGGAUGGUCACUUUGGCAAGUUUGGUUUGGACAGCACAGCUUAUGUGAUGGGUAGUCCUGACGACACCAAGAAAUGGCAUGUUUACUCUGCUUCUGCUAAACUGGAGAAACACUCGGAUCCGGUUUACACUCUUGAGAUGUGCAUGACUGGCUUAGACAAGGAGAGGGCAACUGUCUUCUAUAAAACUGAGACAAGCUCAGCUGCUCUGAUGACUAAUGAUUCUGGUAUCAGGAAGAUUCUUCCGAAAUCUGAGAUAUGUGAUUUUGAGUUCGACCCUUGUGGCUACUCCAUGAAUAGUAUUGAAGGGGAUGCUAUAUCUACCAUACAUGUCACUCCUGAAGAUGGUUUUAGUUAUGCAAGCUUUGAGUCUGUUGGAUAUGAUUUUGAGGUUGUCAAAUUGGUACCCAUGCUGGAGAGGGUUCUGGCCUGCUUUAAGCCAGCUGAGUUUUCUGUUUCUUUGCACUCUGACAUUGUUGGUGAAGAACUUGCAACAAAGUUCCCUGUGGACUUGAAGGGAUAUGCUAUUGGAGAAAAGAGUUUUGAAGUGCUUGGUAACGGUGGCUCGCAGAUCUACUACAGUUUUACUAGAGCUGACGGUUCUUCAUCUCCCAGGUCCAUUCUGAAAUGCUGCUGGAGCGAGGACGAGAAGGACGAGGAAGUUGAAGGGAAGUAGUCCCUGAUUUGUUAUUGUUUGUUGUUAUUGUUUGUUGUUCUUUGUUUUUCCUUUAUUGCUUUCAAUAAAAAUAAAAUAUGAUGUUUUGUGGGGUUAUGUACUAAUUGUAGGGUUUUAGCAACUUUGCUUGCCUAUUCUCUCUACUGUUUGAGAUAUUCUGAAUAAGAUUUAUGUUAUUAGAUUUGCAGA